CACUCUUCCCUCUCUUACCCUUGCUCUUCCUUUUAUUUACUUCUUACAUUACCCCAAGAAUGCAGCACAUUGAUAACGACCAGCUCUACCAGGACAGUACAUACCGCUUCGAGUAUGUCUCCAAGUUCAUGGACUUUGGCGAGGCUGAUAUCAAGGCCAUUCAGGAUGUUGCUGAGCUUGUCCGUCCCCUUGUUCCCGUUGUGGUCGAUGCUGUCUACGCAAAGCUAUUCGAGUUUGAUGUCACCAAGAGAUUUUUCUUACCCAAGAAUGAUGGCUUCGAAGGCGAAUUACCUGCCACUUUGGAAGAACUCACAUUGAACCACCCCCAGGUUAAGUUUCGUAAAGAAUUCCUGGGCAAGUAUCUUUACAAGAUUCUCUCUGGUCCAUAUGAUGAAAGAUUCAUUCGUUAUUUGGACUGGGUUGCCAAAAUCCACACUGAUACCCCCGAAAAGAAGUCAAAGAUCAAUGUUGAUUAUAUUCACAUCAACGCACUGAUGGGUUUCGUAGAGACUGCUUUGGUCGGUGGACUUCUGUCCUUAAAUUUGGACCGUCAGACUGAAGGAGCUGCCUUGGCCGCAUUCAAUAAGCUUUUAUGGAUCCAGAACGAUUACUUUGCCAAGUACUACAUCAAGCCCGAGAAGAAGGCUGUUGUAGCCAAGAGCUUCCCUGUAGACUUGACUAUUCUGCCAUUCGCCGUAGGUGCUUUGGCUGGCGCACUUGGUGUAUGGCUUGGUCUCCAGCGCCAGUAGAUAUGUAAUCCGGCUGUAAAUAUAAUACAGACUUAUUCAAUUCCCCUCUGUUUUUUUCAUUAUAAAUAAAUAUCUCUUCAUAUUAUCAUC